GCAUUCGAAUUCUAGAUCUUCAACGGUAAAUGUCGUGUAUUUUUUUGGGGACUAAUAGUCUAAUAUAUGAUAUAAGCUUGAAUUGGAUUCGAAAUUUCGAAGAACAAAAAAGAUGGCGUUCUGGGAAGGUUAUGUGAGUGAUGAGGCAAUGGGGACCUUUGCCCCAAUUGUGGUUUACUGGUUGUAUGCGGGGGUUUACCAGUUGUUGCCGCCUUUGGACAAUUACCGGUUGCAUACAAGAAGAGAGGAAGACGAGAAGAACUCGGUGCCUCUCCCCUCUGUCGUUAAAGGUGUUUUGCUUCAACAGCUCGUCCAGGCCACCGUUGCUCAGGGACUUUUUUUGUUGACCUCGAGGGCGAAUACAUCGGGGAUCACAAUUCAGCCCUCCGUACCUGUGCAAAUUAUCCAGAUUGUUAUCGCAAUGCUAGUAAUGGACACAUGGCAGUUCUUUGUGCACCGUUACAUGCAUCAGAACAAGUUUUUGUACCGCCAUGUCCACUCUCAGCACCACAGACUCGUUGUUCCCUAUGCAAUUGGAGCCCUUUAUAAUCACCUGCUUGAGGGUCUCUUACUCGACACUUUCAGGAGGGCCCUCUCGUUUCUAGUCUCAGGGAUGACAGCACGAACGGCUGUUAUAUUCUUCUGUUUUGCCGUGAUUAAAACUAUUGAUGAUCACUGUGGGCUUUGGUUGCCUGGUAAAUUCCAUCUUUUAUUCCAGAACAACACCACUUAUCAUGACAUACACCACCAACUUCAAGGCUUGAAGUACAACUACUCUCAGCCCUUCUUCCCGAUAUGGGAUAAACUUUUUGGCACCUACAUGCCGUAUAAUCUUGUCAAGAGACCGAAAAGGGGGUUUGAAGCAAGGGCAAUGAAGGCAAUGAAAGACUAGUUGACUUGAAGCACAGCAGUUUAUUAAUUUAAGCUCACUCCACACUACGAAAUUAUAUUGCUGAGGCGUCGGUCAUUCAUGGAAAUCUGAAUUAGAAUCGUGAUAUCGAGGCUACAUUCUAGGCUCUAGCUGGAGGGUUUUGUCGUUCUG